AUAAUAAUAGUGUCGGUAGUGUCGGUGCAGUGCUGGGAAAAACUGGUGAAGUCAGCACCAACAGUGGCGGCGGUGACUUCUUCAUGGCCAAGUGGGGCGCCCAGAAGACGUCGUCGUCGGCGGCCCAGAGCGAAAAUGCCGCUGCUGCCUGAGCAGUGGCCAGUCCACUGGCAGGGCUGGUGCCAACGAAGAAGAAAGUGAAGGCCCCGCCGCCACCCAUCGAGGCCAACACGAUGGUGUUCAACUUCAGCGACCGGAAGGACGUGCCGGAUUACAUCGAGAACGACGGGAUCAUCCUGCGGCCGCGGCCACGGGAACUGCCUAAGCCCGGCGAGUCCGGUUUCGUGGUGCUGGGCGACCUCACGCUCGAAACCUCGACCGAUCCGGACGAUUCGUGGGCCAUGGGACCCCCGUCGCCGUGCGAUGUCGAGUUUGCCAACGCUAACAUUGUGAUCAACGGUAAAUCCAGUAUGAGAAACAAGACUUCUAGGGAUAGCAAGUUCAAAAUCCAAUUUGACGAUUCAUUAACCUCGACCUUUGAGUACCCGUCGGAGACCUCACUGCUGGAGGCUACCAAUGGGGGAUACGACGACGACGUGGCGGACGGUUUGAAGGAUGCAGCCGCUCUCCUGGCCAGCAGCAAGAUCAACAUUGCCAGCGCAGGUAUGACCGCAGGGACGACAACGACGACGGCGCCAACAACGGGGAGUGGGGGUGGUGGUGGAGGAGGCGGUGGACUCGCCUUCGGAGACAACGGACUGCUGUCGCACAAGAAUACCCUCCUCUCGUCGAUGCCACUAGGCUCCGCUCCUUUUGCUAGUUAUACCCCAGUAAAGGCCGCCAUAGAUACCACCUUCGAACUGGGCGUUACGCGAACGCCGUCCACGUCGAGCACUGCCAGCAGCACGUGUAGCAGCAACGAACAGCAGCACCACCCGCAUAACCAGCACCUCAACCAUCAUCCGCAUCUAAACCAUCAGCAUUCGAAUGGUCACCUCAAUCACCAGCAACAGCAGCAACACCAGAGCGGCCGGCUCAAUGGCGACGCGGCCAACGGUGGGCUCUUGUUGCUAAAUGGCGACGCGGGUGAACCGGAGAGCAUACAAUAUCUGAAACCGGCCUCCGACGAGCAAACUGUCAACUGGAGUCAGGGCACGCGCGUUACGGAUUUGCUGUUCUAAGCGAUUGUUAUGCUGUAAGCAAUUUUCUGUGUAACUUGGUUAUCACUUUAGUUUUUUGUGUAAUUAGUAGUUUUGCUGGAAGAAAAUUCUUUGGAAUGGAUUCUAUACACACCCACACACACAUACAGAUACAUUUAUACAUAGCCACAUAAACCGUAGAAGCUUAUUGUAAGGAAACCCUUUUUUAUGCUUUCAAUGUUUCAAUGUGUGCGGAGGCAUUCGGAAGAAGAAAACUAUUUUGCCCGAAAAAGAAGAAAUCCAAUUUUUGAAUAGUACAGUACACUAGGCGUAAGUAAUCAGUAAC